AUGGCACCGAAGCAGGAAGACAGCGGCCUCCCCGUGGUGGUGUUCUAUCCACUGAGGCGCAUUGGAAACCGCAACUACAGCGUGGAGCGGAAGCUGUGGGUGGUGCGCAACGCGCUCACCCGCUACCACAAGCCCAGCCCAUCGGCGGUGGUUGCAAACUACUACAAGCCAUAUGGCGCGCUCGCGGCCCUCAAGAACGCCGUGGCCGAGGCCAACCAGGGCAAGGGCGUUCGCGUGCUCAUCGUCUGCCACGGCUGCAGGGUUCGCCCCGAUGGCGUCCAACUAAGCGACGGCCGUGACAUGUACCUGCACCGCGGCGACAUCAUGAACGCCAUAAGCGAAGGCGUGGGGAAGAAAGGCGGCAAAGGCUACAUCUACGCCGCCUGCUGCCACAGCGCUGACGGGGAUGACACACCAUUCGUCACCUCGGGCAACAACGUCGUGUACAACGGCUUUGGCCUCGGCAAAGGCGCCUUUGUGCCCACCGUUCGCCGUGCUGUUCGUGCCAUGUAA